GGUUCACAUAAAUAGGAGUGUGAACUGAGAUCCCCAUCGUAGGUGAUCAACAGCCAUCAUGAGGUCUCUGGUCCUGCUUUUGCUUGUGGGAGCUUGUUUUGCUCUGGAGGAUGACAAGAUCGUUGGAGGGUAUGAGUGCAAACCGUACUCCCAGCCCUGGCAAGUGUCUCUGAAUGUUGGCUAUCACUUCUGUGGUGGUUCUCUGGUCAAUCAGAACUGGGUUGUGUCUGCUGCUCACUGCUACCAAUCUCGUCUGGAAGUUCGUUUGGGUGAGCACCACAUCCAGGUUAAUGAGGGUACUGAGCAGUUCAUCUCCUCUGCUAAAGUCAUCCGCCAUCCCAACUAUGACUCCUGGAACAUUGACAAUGACAUCAUGCUCAUCAAGCUGAGUCAACCCGCUAGCCUGAACAGCUAUGUGCAGCCUGUGGCACUGCCCAAGAGCUGCCCCCCUGCAGGCACCUGGUGCACAGUCUCUGGAUGGGGAAAUACCAUGAGCUCCACUGCUGAUCGUAACAAGCUGCAGUGUCUGGAGGUGCCUAUUCUGUCUGACAGGGAUUGUAAUAACUCUUACCCUGGUAUGAUCACUGAUGCCAUGUUCUGUGCUGGCUUCCUGGAGGGAGGCAAGGACUCUUGCCAGGGUGACUCUGGUGGCCCUGUGGUGUGCAAUGGUGAGCUGCAAGGUGUUGUGUCUUGGGGUUAUGGCUGUGCUGAGAAGGAUCACCCCGGUGUCUAUGCUAAGGUCUGCAUUUUCACCAGCUGGAUUUCUGAGACAAUGGCCAGCAAUUAGAUCUUCAGCCCUCAAUGCAAUAUCAUAUUGUAAAAUCUGAGAUUAUAUUAAAAUAUAAAUUUCAUGUAGGAAUAAAACUAUCAUGUACGACUCAUCAUUUACCAAACUUGAUUUUCCUAAAAUGAAAUAAAAUAAAAAUAAAUGAAAUCGC